GUAAAGUGAUAAUGGGCACACCAACCAACACUAUGUUCUGCCGCCAAUUCAAAGAUUGGUAUUAUCUUUCUAUCCAUCUUUGCAAUGCUCGCUUUCCACUCUCAUACAAGAAAAUAUACAAGACACCGAGCCUUCUCCAUCAAAACAACCCCUGAAUUGAAGACUGACUUCUUGCUUUUUCUCCAUUGAUAUCACAUGACUGAGGAGCAGCAGUUGCUCUUGGGCAAUAGGCUGGGGUUUGUUUUCAGGUCUUAAGUCUAUAUAUUGCUUAGAAAGCCACAUCAGCGGGGUAAUAAAUGGCUUUUGUAGCAACUGCCGAAGCUUGUGAUUCAAAUGCAGCCCUUUUGGCAAGUGGUGACUUGCGAGCUUUACAACCGAUUUUCAAGAAUUAUGGCCAGAGUCGAGCAUUCUCAGGCCUCAUUGUCACUCUUAAGGUGUUUGAAGACAAUGUGAUAGUGAGGGAGCUUCUUGAAACUAAAGGUGAAGGAAGAGUUCUAGUUAUAGAUGGUGGGGGAAGCAUGAGAUGUGCUUUGGUUGGAGGAAAUCUGGGACAAUUGGCUCAAAAUAUGGGAUGGGCUGGUAUUGUAGUCAAUGGUUGCAUAAGAGAUGUGGAUGAGAUUAAUGGAUGUGAUAUUGGGGUAAGAGCAUUGGCAUCACAUCCCAUGAAAUCCAACAAGAAAGGCAUUGGUGAGAAGCAUGUACCUGUGCACAUUGCCGGAACCCUGAUUCGUGAAGGUGAAUGGCUAUAUGCAGAUAGCGAUGGCAUUCUUAUCUCAAAAUCUGAGCUCUUCGUUUGAAUAACAACUGGGGCUUCAAUGUCAUUUUGCUCAGCUCAGCUCAUAAGUUGAGAGGAUUCCCCCAGGCCACCCAUAAAUCAUUUUGUUCUUGUAUGGCCCGUGGGGAUAACAUUUUUUCUCCAUGAUAUGUCAAGCAUUGUUUACAUCAACAAACCAUUUCUCAAAACCAACUUAUUUAUUAUUGUGUUAGGAUCUGAUAUUGGUUCUGCUUAGCCUAUACACCAAACAAGUUACUAUUUCUCAAAAGCAACUUAAUUAUUAUGAGAAUGUUUGAUUUA